CCUCGACAGUGCGUCAGUUGCUCAGUACGAGCUGCACUAGCCGGCCGAUCGAUCGAUCAUUCGUUGCGCUACGAUGUUUGGCCCUGGGUCCACCAUAGCCAGGCUCGUCGUCCUGCUGGGAUGGAUCACAUUGCUGUUAAAUCACGUACUACCGGCAGCAUCGUUCGAGUGCGGCAAGGACUCGGUCAACACGGAAAACAGGCUCAAAAGCUCACUUCUCUGCAAUGGCUACCGUGCUGAUAUGCGACCAAGAAAGGAUAACACCCAGUCGGUCAACAUAACCGUGGCCUACUACGUGCUAACGUAUGAGCUUGAAGGAGCGGAUGACUUGAUGAAAUUGGGCGUGUGGAUGGAGUUGAAAUGGACGGACGAGUAUCUGCGCUGGAACAGCACGCAAUGGAGCGGCAUAGAGCGAAUCGCAAUCAAUUCGGACGAGAUUUGGCUACCAGACUUUCGGCAUUACUCGUCAUACUACAAUCCACAGGAGCUACCCGAUUGUGCCAACCCCAAGUGUUCCGUGGCGCCGAAUGGGACCGUGACCUGCCUGCCCGUGUGCGGCAUGAACGCUAAAUGUGAUGCCGACUAUUCGCGCUGGCCGUUCGACAUGCAUCGGUGCAGCAUGUACUACGGGACGUGGGCCAACUCGAUGGACGAGGUGGACAUACACAUAACGGACGUGUGCCUUGCCAGAAAUGCAGAGUUCAAAAGCCCAAAGUGGGGAGUGGUCUCGCUUGAUCACAGUCGAAGGGAAAUUCGGGAUGACUACAUGUACAGCGUGCUGAACGUCGACGUAGUGCUCAUUAGACGUGCUAGUUUCGAGCAGGUCGCUAUCAUUGGACCAAUCUUGAUUUUAGCGCUCCUUAAUGUGUAUAUCGUUUGGCUGCGAUCGAGCAGCUUCGAAAGGAAGGUUAUGCUCGGAUUGUCCACGUUCUCUCACUUUUCCUAUCUCAAACAACUGGAAUGGGCACUCCCGUACAAUCGCGAUACGCUUCCAAAUUGUAUGAUCUUUCUGCUAUGUUCGACCGUGCUGAGCGUUGUGCUGCUGCUGCUCACCUUACUCAACUGUUGGAUUCGUAUGCGACGAAACCGUGAUCCUACGACGGAGUCAUUCUUCGAUCGUAUGACAGGAUCAUUUUCCCAGAGUCGGGUGGCCGAACUGCUGCUGGCUGCAGACUAUUUGGAACUAAACUAUACGGUGACACCAGAGGAGAAAGAACACUUUUGGGCGAAGUUUGCAAAGUUGUUUGAUCGAGUGCUGGCGAUAGGAUGUUUGAUGGUUUAUGUAGUACUUUUCUGGCUCUUCAUACCCUUCAGCCAUCGGUUGGAGCAACUGCCCGGGGUGAAUUGUUACAUAUCGGCAUAGUCUGAAACGCAAAGAUACAGGGACAAAAGGAGCAAAUUAUCUUGAUGUGUCUUUACUGAGCUCCAUCCAAAGUUUUUGAAUCGAUCGUUCAUUCCUCUGAUUAGUCUUAUGCAGUAAACGUUAUUUCCCAGCAUCAACAUGGCCUUAUGCUACAACUUAUCCUCCGUGUCCACUAAAUUCAUGUCUCUCGUCUCUUCUGUUUUAAGGAAAAUUGCUUCAGAUCGAUAGUUAGACA